UGCCGUCCCUCCCCCCUCCUCCUCUUCCUCCUCCUUUGCUGUCCUCCCCCCGGCGGCCCCCGUGAGGAAGGAGCCCUCCCAGCCCCCACACGCGGCGGCGUUCAGAGCGGACACUAAGUCGGAGAGCGCUCCGGCUCUGGCAGCCAACGGCAUGAGCCACAGCAAGCCGCCGGGCGGGGCCCCCGCCACCGACCCCGCUCGCCCGGCCAGGGGCCCCCCGGGCUUCGGCGUGGAGAACCAGUCCAAGAAGGAGUUCCUGAACAAGGCGGCGGACUUCAUCGAGGAGCUGUCCUCCCUGUUCAAGGCCAACAGCACCAAGAGGGUCCGGCCCCAAGGGUCCGGCCGCAAGACGCACAAGAGCUGGUCUCAGAAGGACCCCGAGGACCGCGACCGCCCGGUCGAGGCCCCCGGCCCCCCGGAGGAGGCGGCCGUGGAGAGCCGGCGGCCGAGCCCGGGGGCCGCCCCCUACCCGCCGGAGCGGGAGGCUGUCCAACCUCUGCCCCCCCAGCAGGACGGCCCAGCGGGCGGGGCGCAGCAGACCCACGGUGACCCUCCCUCCCAGCAGGUGGAGGUGGAGGAGGAGGAGGAGGAGGGGGGGCAGCGAGAGGAGGAGGAGGAGCAGGAGCAGCCGGAGGGGGAAGCGGGGAGAGCUGCCCCGACGGACCCCCCAUACUCAGAGGAGCCCGUCUGCGAGCCUCCCUGCUUCGUCCAGAAGCUGAAGAGCCGGGAGGUUCUAGAGGGCAGCAAGGUCCAGCUGGAUUGCACCGUGACAGGACUGCCCGUGCCCGAGGUCCGGUGGUUCUGCGAGGGCAAGGAGCUGGAGAACAGCCCGGACAUCCAGAUCUUGACCCUCGCCGGGCGCCACUCCCUCAUCAUCGCCGAGGCCUUCGAGGAAGACACCGGCCGCUACUCCUGCUUCGCCUCCAACUACUACGGCACCGACUCCACGUCGGCAGAGAUCUACGUGGAGGGCGCCUCGUCCACGGACUCGGAGGGAGAGCCGUUCGUUGAACACGUGCCCCAUCAAGUACAGAAAGCACAAACGCAUCCAGCCACGCCGGCUCCCCUGGCAGCCCGGCCGGCAGCCGACAUUGGAGCCGACGACUCAGACGCCUCAAGUCAAACCACCAUCGUCUCCACCCCCACCUCCACCGCCGCCGCCGCCUCCACCCCCACCUCCACCGCCGCCGCCGCCGCCUCCACAGCAGAGGAGGAUCAGCCCUAUCAGCACCCCCCCGUCGGGACGCUGAGAGAGGAGUCCCCCGUCCAGCCGGAAGCUCCUCCUCCGGCAUCAGAGUGCUCCUCCACCACAGCCACACCGUUUCUGUACGAGGAGCCUUCCGAGGCCCCCGUCGCCCCCCUGCCGUGUGCCCCCGUCCCCCCGACGGCAGAGCCCCAGGAGGAGCCGGUUCCUGAACCCCUCCUCGGGGCGGGUCCUCAGCCGCUGGGUCUGGUGGAGGUGAACCCGGCGGAGGCCUACGGUCAAGGGGCUCCGUCACAGACUCUCACCGUGGAGAAUCAGAACUCCACCCAGCUGUCCCAUCAGGAGCAAGACGUACGACCCAUCAUGGCUGCUCCCGUGUUCACCAAGAGCCUCCAGGAGGUCAGUGCCCUGGAGGGCCAGCUGGUGGUGCUAGAGUGCCGUAUGAAGGGCGUCCCGUCCCCCAGGGUGGAGUGGUACAGAGAGGGAACAGUCAUAGAGGACUCCCCUGAUUUCAGGAUACUCCAGAAAAAACCCAGAUCCCACUCUGAAUCAGAGGAGAUCUGCACGCUGGUCAUCGCCGAGGUGUUCCCCGAAGACUCCGGGAUGUUCACCUGCACGGCGAGCAACAAGUACGGCACGGUGUCGAGUCUCGGGCGGCUGCGGGUCAAAGGCAACGUCCGCAGCGGUGGCGGUACGAGCACUCUGAGCGGCGCAGCUAUGGAGUCCGGCCAAGUCCGGGAAUCUUUCCUCCCCGACGUCUCGGCUGCCGUCCAGCACCACCCCGAGGUGACCGUGACCGCCAGUGUCAAGCCCUGCUCCAGCUCCGUCCGCCUGGAACCACUGAACUCCAGCUCCAACCGCAUUGAUUCACUCAGCUCCAGCUCCAUCCGCCUCGAACCGCUCAGCUGCAGCACCCUCCGUCUGGACCCCCUCAGCUGCAGCACCCUCCGUCUGGACCCCCUCAGCUGCAGCACCCUCCGUCUGGACCCCCUCAGCUGCAGCACCCUCCGUCUGGACCCCCUCAGCUGCAGCAUGAGCGGCAGCGUCAGCCUCCCCAGCCUCGACCCGCAGGCCUUGGGCGGCAGCUCCCGCGAGAGGAUCAGCUACACCAGCACCCCUCGCUUAGACCCCCAGUACCUGACCCCCCAGCACCUGAACCCCCCGGGCUCCGGGGAAUCGGCCCCCGAGCCCCUCGGGGUCGACCACGGCGCCCCGUUCUACCUGAAGCCCUUCGCCCCCCCGUCGGAGCCGGAGCCGCCCCCGUACCGGCCUGCCCCGGCCGCCCCCGAGGGCCCGCCCCCUAAGGUCAGGGCGCCCCCCGCCGUGGUGCCGCUGCCCGACCCCCCGGCAAACUCGUGUCUGAAGUCGAGCGCUCCGACGAACCCCAGGGAGCCGCGGCCGAGCGCCAAGGCCGGCCUCCGCGUCACCUUCCGGCUGCCGGAGGACGAGGACGAGGAGGAGCCGUGUGACCCGUCCGGCUGGCCGUACGAGGAAGGGCUGACGGCCAGGGGGCCGCCGCCCUUGCUGACCAAACCCAAGCUGGACCCAGCUCAGCUUCAGAUCUUACACAACCAGGUUCUCCUGGAGCAGCAGCAAGAUGGGGACUCACACUCGCACAGCAAAGCCCGACCCCAGUCUCCACCCUGGACACAAUCCCAGCCUCCGAGCCACUCCCAAUACCAGCCACCUCCUCAAGCCCUGAGCCAAUCACAGCCUCAGAUCUACUCCCAAUACCAGCCACCCCCUCAAGCCCAGUCCCUGACCCAAUCCCAGCCACUACCACAAAGCCAGUCCCAGUAUCAGCCAGCACCUUACACCCAGUCCUUUACCCAAUGCCAGCCACCAGCUCAGAGCCAGGUCCAGACCCAAUCGCAGCCUCAGAUCUCAUCAGAGUCUGUGGUUUGGUCCCCCAGGUUGCCUCGCGAACCAACUCCGCAGCACUUCCAGCUGUACACCAACACCGCUGUAACGACGAAGUCCCAGGUCCCCGUGUCAGCCUACACCAUGGCUCACACCGCUGUAACCACGCAGUCCCAGGUCCCCGUGUCAGCCUACACCAUGGCUCACACCGGUGUAACCACACAGUCCCAGGUCCCCUUGUCAGCCUACACCAUGGCUCACACCGGUGUAACCACACAGUCCCAGGUCCCCGUGUCAGCCUACACCAUGGCUCACACCGGUGUAACCACACAGUCCCAGGUCCCAGUGUCAGCCUACACCAUGGCUCCUACGAUGCCAACGCUGACCUCCGGUCCGGCGGCGACUCUUCCCACCGCCCCAGCAGCCCAGCCGUACACCGUUCCCGCCCCCGCCACCAGCCGCCCCUCCCCUCCGCAGCUUAAGAUGGCUCCGCCUGCGAGGCCCCAGCUGUCGACGCCGACGUCCCUGUACGACUCCCCUGCCGCGGCCGCCACUCCAACGAACACCAUCCACGCCUCCCACCUCAACCUGUCCCUCGCCGCCCUCUCCAAGUCCACGCCCCCCAGCCACUUCAGCUCUCCCCCCCCACCCCAGUUCCACGCCACCCCCUCGGACACCACCCAGGGCAGCCUCUCCUCCUCCCUGCAGGAGGUCACCUCCCCCACCCCCAUGCUGAGGAGCAGCUACGCCUCCCUCAUGAACCUGGGCCCCGCCGCGCAGAGCUUCACCUACUCCCGGCCCCAGGAGUUCGUGGCGGCCCGGCUGCUGUCGCCGGUGAUGAGCCCGUCCCCGACCGAGUCCCCGGUGCCGCUGCUCAACGAGCUGGCGGCCGAGUUCAACUCGUCGUCGGCGGCCAGCUCCCCGACCCUGCCGCCGUUCUCCCCGCCGCCGCCGGCGCCGCGCGUCUUCCCCACGCGGGUGCUCCGGUCGCCUGCCAGCCCCCUGUCGGUGACGUCCUCGCCGACGCUGAUCUCCGCCCCGUACCUCAACUCGGUGUUCGCGGGGCGGACCCAGUCGCCGCCGCAGGCCGCCUCCCCGGCCUCCAGCAGCUCCACCCCCAGCCCCAUCCAGAACCCCGUGGCCUUCCUCAGCUCCGUCCUGCCCUCGCUGCACAUCGCCAAGGGAACCAACUCCAUGGGGCUGCCCAAGAGUGCCCCGGCAGGGCAGUUGAGGAGGCUACCCAAAUCGCGGACGCCGUCCUCUGAAGAUAUCAGAGCCAGCAAAGAGGUGAUCCUCAACGACAUCGAAAGGAGGCUCAACGCCAAUCGCUUCAAUGAUAAUUCUUCACCUUUUGGAUUUCAACAGAAGCUGAAAAAUGAGGGGAAAACAGCCAGCCGAUCCCUUGGACCAAACAUUCCUGCCCAUGUCUUUAACUAUGAUGAGGCGUACAAAGUGUCCAACUUCGAGCAGCGGCUGAUGAGCGAGAUCGAGUUCCGGCUGGAGCGCACGCCGGUGGAGGAGUCGGACGACGAGGUUCACCACGACGCCGUCCCUACGGGCCGCUGCAUCGCCCCCGUCUUCGACAAGAAGCUCAAGAACUUCCGGGCCAUGGAGGGGGUGCCCGUCACACUCUCCUGUAAGCUGGUGGGGAUCCCCAUUCCCAAGGUGUACUGGUUCAAAGACGGAAAGCAGAUCUUGCAAAAGAACGUUCACUAUAAGAAGAUACGAGAGGGCGACGGAACCUGUGCCUUGCACAUCGACUGCACCACCAACGACGACGAUGGGAACUACACCGUCAUGGCGGCUAAUCCCCAGGGUAGAAUCAGCUGCUCGGGCCAUUUGAUCGUCCAGACGGGUGCUUCCCGGAAUAGAAUGACACCCAUUCACUCUCAGAGGGUGAAGACCCGCAUACAGGAAGUAGAGGACGGCGAGCCGAGCCAGGAACGCUUCUUUCAGCCUCACUUCCUCCAGGCUCCGGGGGACAUGGUAGCCCACGAGGGAAGACUGUGCAGACUAGACUGUAAGGUGAGCGGCCUGCCCAACCCGGAGCUGAUGUGGUUGGUCAACGGGAAGCCGAUCUACCCGGACAUAUUUCACAGGAUGUUGGUGCGGGAGAACGGCGUCCACUCGCUGGUCAUCGACCCCGUGGUGCAGAACCAUGCCGGUGUCUACACCUGCAUCGCAAGCAACAAAGCCGGCCAGAGCUCCUUCUGCCUAGACCUGAAGGUGUUAGAGAAGGAGGUGAAGCACCCUCCGCACUUUGUGGAGAAGCUGCAGAACUGCGGGAUCCCAGAGGGAAACCCGGCUAGGCUGGAGUGCCGCGUGUCGGGAAUGCCUCCUCCGGCGCUUUUCUGGAAGAAGGACAAUGACACGAUCCCUAGAAAUAAGGACAGAUUCAGCAUGCAUCAAGAUGCCACUGGGUACGUGUGUCUCCUAGUCCAGCCAACCAGGAAAGAGGAUGCUGGCUGGUACACGGUCUCGGCUAAAAAUGAGGCUGGCAUAGUGUCAUGCACCUCCAGACUAGACAUUUAUGCCCAAUGGCACCAGAGUAUCCCCACGCCCAUGAAGACGGCGCCGCGCACGGGCUCCCGCUACGCAGCCCUCACGGGCCAGGGGCUGGACAUCAAGUCGGCUUUCCCUUCCACUGAGAGCGGACCCAUCCUGUUCUCCAGCUCCCCGCGGGAGUCGCAGCUGGAGAGCGACGAGCUGUGAGCCUCCGCCGAACGGGAUCACGCACAGCAGUGCCCCCGGUCGGAGCUCUGGUGGGUUUCGGGCCGACGGAACCUUUGCUGUGAUUCUACGCUACAACACGCACCGUCAAAACCGCUGUGUGGUAGAAAACAUGACAAGUAAUGCAUCGAAAGUUAGAGUGAAAGUAACAUGGCUGUAGUGACUGGCACCUGUGUCGAAUGACAUACCUAGCAGAUGGCAGACUGAAGGGCUGAUUAUGGUUCCACGUCGACGCAACGCAAGGGGGUUUACGGACCCCUUUACGUCCUUGCGGACCCUCCUUGCGUCCACUGCAAGGGCCGGACGUGCGCCUCCCAAAAAUUGUAACCUUGCGUCGUGGUGACGCAGCAGCGAGGGCUGUGAUUGGUCCGCUUACUAAAAACCAGACACAGAACCAAUACAGGUUCACGACUGCGUCGAAGCGUCUGCGUGGUCGUUGCGUCGACGUGGAACCAUAACUGAGCCUUAAGUAACGACUCCAGUUUAUUGGUGGCAUUUAGAGAUUAGAGCAUUAUGUUCUGCAUUGUGCGUGCAGAAAUACAGGAUGGUUUUGCAAAGUCUUAGUCCACAUCCUUACAGUCACACAUGUGAAUGUUUGUCUGUGUUGUGGAAGAUUUUAAUCCCCUUCAUCUUUUUCUACAUCAUAGUCUGCAUUUUUUAGACGCAUUUUCGGUUUCUUUCAGUUCAAACUCUGUUCUUAAUAAUUGUAUGACAUUUUAUUUAUACAGUCCCACAGAUUAUUUUGACAAUGUUUUAUUUUGUAUUGCAACAUCUAUAUAGUUGUGGUAAUAAUAAUUGCUUUAAAUGUUAUUCAAAAUGACAUAUACCUUCAUAGCGUUUUAUUGUCCUACAUAUUCACAUAUACAUUAGAUAUUUUCAGUGAAUAUGAACAUCGCUGAAUGUUUUAUUGUUGAUUUAAUUUGUUACAAAAAGGAUGCCCUCUUUAAUGAUAAGCUCAACAUAAUUUUCAAACCAUUAACUAUUUUGAACCGUGUGCGUGUGUGUUUGUCUUUGUGUUUGUGUGUGCGUGUGUGUGUGUGAGCAUGCCGGUAAGCAUGGGGAAUGUUGUGAAGCUAGAUCCGUAUAAAUGCAGAUCAUUGAGAGAUUGAAGGAUGAUAUGGUUGGCAGGUCCUAUGACGGCUGCCAGUGUUGUGUGGUUAACCUAGCUUCACAUUCAUGGUUUUGCACUUCAAAAACAAUAUAAUAUAUUUGUAUUAUAUUAUUUAUAUUUUAUAAUAAGCUGUACACCCUACAGCUUAUUGUGCCAAACUCAUUUGUGGGUAAUGAGUUCUAUAGACUGAACUCCGACGUAUCACAACUCAGUUAUCACCCGCACUAGAUACCAAUAGAUUGAAUUUAUUUCUUGCCAAACACAUGUAUUGGUUUACUACAGAAAAUGUAUGCAUUCACAAAUCGGACAUACGUGUCAAAGAUGUGACGACGUCAUGUAUUUAAUAAUCAAGGCAGUUUGGAUCCAGUGAGAGUGUUUGGAAAAAAAAAAAAAAACUGCUUUCAAAGCACAUAUUUUGAUGAUGUAAAGUUGCACAAUGUAAAAUAUUUGUUUUCUCAGAUUAAAGUUAUAUUUAUUCAAAACACAA